UUCUCCAUUUCUACUUCUCGCUCGCAUUUCAUUCUCCUUUUCUCCUCUUCCGUCCUCCUCUUCAAUACCCUUUUCACACCUUUCCAAAACCCAGCUUCGAUUCCAUUUCUCCUUUUGGGUUGAAUUUCAGGCAGUGCAGUGGUUGAUUGAUUGAUUGAUUGAUUCAUUGAUUGAUUGAUUCUUCAGCUUCGUGUUUGAUUUAGGGGUUUCCCAGUUGUUAUGAUCGGGAAAUGGGAAAUUUCUUUGAGUUCUAGGGCUUCUAUGUGUCUAAUCUGCGUGUUCUAGAGGUGGGUUUGUGGGGAAUUUUGAAGAGAAAAUUAGAAUGUCGAAUCUAUAUGGGGAUUAUAAUCAGAAGAUUGAUUAUGUUUUCAAAGUUGUUUUGAUCGGAGAUUCGGCCGUCGGCAAAACCCAACUCCUUUCGCGAUUUUCAAGGAAUGAAUUUAGCGUUGAUUCCAAAGCUACUAUUGGAGUCGAGUUUCAGACUAAAACUCUCGUUAUUGAUCAGAAAACAGUGAAAGCCCAGAUAUGGGAUACUGCUGGACAGGAGAGAUACCGAGCAGUGACAAGUGCAUACUACAGAGGUGCAGUAGGAGCCAUGCUAGUUUACGAUAUGACGAAGCGUCAAUCGUUCGACCACAUGGCACGGUGGCUGGAGGAGCUAAGAGGACAUGCUGAUAAGAACAUCGUCAUAAUGCUCAUCGGAAACAAAUGCGACUUAGGAAGCCUCCGAGCAGUGCCAACAGAAGAUGCACAAGAAUUUGCUGAAAGAGAGAACCUGUUCUUCAUGGAGACGUCGGCUCUGGAGUCGACGAACGUCGAAACUGCGUUCUUCAGAAUUCUAACAGAGAUUUAUAGGAUAAUCAGCAAGAAGAGUCUUGCAGCUGGGGAAUCGAUAGAUAUUGGCGUGAAUCCAGCGCUGUUUAAAGGGACAAACAUAGUUGUUCCUGGACAGGACCAGGCUGGUGGGAGAAAAGGGUGUUGCUUUGCCUCAUGAGUUUCCAUAUAAUUCCAUCAUCAUUUCAGUUGGGACAUUGUUUUUCUAUUCCACUUUUGAUUUAUACUUCAUGUAUUUGUAUUUUGUAGAGGAACUGGCUUUAUACCAUGGAUGAAGGAUUAGUGAAG